UAUGUGUGUUUAGUCGGAGUUUCAGAUGACAUCAGCCGGACAGCUGAUGGUGAUGGAGCUAAACCAGUCACGAAAACCAAGAAGAAAAACAGCACGGCUACAAAUAUCACAAAGUUUUAAUUCACGUUUUUAUGUCUAAACUUAGAAUAACAGGGCUUUGCGACGAAAGUUAACCAAAAUGUCUAAAACGGUUGAGCUAACAUGCUAGCGGCGGUAACGGUGCUGGGGGUUUACUGAUGUUAAACAGUCCGCAGCUGGUUCGUCUUCUCCGGAUGUCACGGCUAACAAGCUAACGGUGACCAGCGGGUUACCUCCGGAGUUGGUGGACACACAGCCGGAGAGGACUUAAGAAGAAAUGAACCAGACUAGACUCAUGGGGAGUACCGGGAGUGUAAUUCCAGCCAUGGGGAGUUGUGGUUAUUUCCAUGUGGAUGUCUGUAAUACAGGAUUAGCUUGUUUUGUCUGUGGAAUGACGCCGUUUGCUCCAUUAAUCCGUCGCAAACACGAGUGUCGGUGAUGUUUUCGUCCAGUUUGGGACAAAGAAACCAAACUACGUUAUAAAUAAAAACAAAUAAACAUAUAUAUAUCAUGAAAAACUGUGACUAUCAGCAAAUCGACCCGCAGGCGCUUCCGACGCCCACCCCGACCCCUCCACCCCACCAGGGAGAGCCCCGAGCCGGGGAGGACAAGCCGAAGACCCCGAAGAGAAAGUGGGAAGUUUUCCCCGGAAAGAACCGCUUCUACUGCGAUGGACGGAUCAUAGUGGCCCGGCAGAGUGGGGUCCUGCCCCUCACCCUGGGCCUCAUCCUAGUCACCAGUGGGUUAUUCUUUAUAUUUGAUUGUCCCUUCUUGGUCAAACACCUGACCAGCUGCAUACCUGUCAUUGGAGGAGUCCUCUUUGUGUUUGUAGUCAUCACCCUACUCCAGACCAGUUUCAGCGACCCGGGGAUCCUGCCCAGAGCUACACCAGAUGAGGCCGCAGACAUCGAAAAACAGAUUGAUCAGACCGGGAACACCAGUUAUCGGCCUCCUCCACGCACCAAGGAGGUCCUCAUCAAUCAGCAGGUGGUCAAACUCAAGUACUGCUUCACCUGCAAGAUGUUCCGGCCUCCACGGACCUCCCACUGCAGCCUGUGUGACAACUGUGUGGAGCGCUUUGACCAUCACUGCCCAUGGGUGGGGAACUGCGUAGGAAAACGCAACUACCGCUUCUUCUACACCUUCAUCGUGUCGCUGUCAUUCCUGACGGCGUUCAUCUUCGGCUGUGUGACCACACAUCUCGCACUGAGGGCUCAGGGUGGAAAAGGUCUGGUGUUUGCUCUUCAGGAAAGUCCAGGCAGUGCAGUGGAGCUGGUCAUAUGUUUCUUCUCAGUCUGGUCAAUAUUGGGCCUCUCAGGCUUCCAUACAUAUCUGGUUGCUUCCAAUCUAACCACCAAUGAAGACAUUAAAGGCUCAUGGUCAGGGAAGAGUGGAGGAGAAGACGUCACCAACCCAUACAGCCAUAAAAACAUCUUUAUCAACUGUUGCUCUGUGCUCUGUGGACCCAUGCCACCCAGCCUGAUCGACAGACGAGGUUUCCUGCCCGCAGAUGAAUCUGCUCAAACUGGUGCAGCGGACAUCGAGCUGCCUACUCUGGCUGUAAAAAAUGAAGCAAACGUGUGCACACAGGGAACUAAAGGUCUGCUGGAGUCGGCCACUCGUUCUCCUCUCCUGUCCAGCUCGUGUCCACAGGGGAAACCUCUGUCAGCCCACACCUGUCCGGACAGCAGCCCCGCCGUGAACUCUGACCCCUCACCGGAGCUUUCUAAAAGCUGCGGUGUCCGUCACUCGGCCGCCCCCCCGGGUGACUCCUCUCCUCCACGCCGCACCAAGACACGCUCCAAGAAAAGCAAACGAGUGUCUUUGCAUAUUCCCAACCCAGCCUUCGAUGACCCUGCUUCCCCUACCUCUCCAGAUGCCGGCACCAGCUCCAAAGCCAGAGGCCACAAGGGGGCCAGCUUUACCCCACUGCACUAAAUGACUUGAAUGACAGCUUUCUCAAGUGAAAACAAGCAUUGUUCAAAGUGUGCAUGCUAUGAAACAGUCACUUAUUUUUAUUUCAUGUUAAUUCUCUGGAAGUCCUUUGUAUAGGCAGAGAGAAUGACAAUCACAAGUGAGAGAUCAAUCUGUAGUGACAAAAGAAACACAUAAAGCGAGUUUACCAAAUCAGGCAGGAUUAGUUCAGUUAGUCUGAUUUAGUGGAUUUGGUUCCAUAAAGCAAAUUCAGCUUUGUCCAGACUGUUAGACUGAAAAUUAUAACACAGGUUGUAUAUAAAGAUGGAUGCUGUAACAGCAUUUCUUCCUUCCAUGUAAAGACGUAAUCCAAAGUCCAUGAGGUCAUAGGGAAUAAAAAACAAAACAAAAAACAAAGUGAGUGGAUGAAAAGUGGAGAAAGA